UAGAGGAGUUCAAGCGCUCACAUAGAUCUCUGUGACGGCCCAAACCAUACCAAAACAAACGGACAUUAUAAGUUAUAGAUGCCCACCAAAUAUCAGUAGUUAUGGGGGCCAUAGCACGGAGGGAAUAUUUUUGGAUCCGAUUCUUUGUCUUGCUUUGUUUUUGUCAGUGCAGUACAGCUCAGAUUUCUUACUCUAUUUCGGAGGAGACGAACAAAGGGACGACUGUGGGAAAUCUUGCAAAGGAUUUAAAACUGAAUCUGAAUGCUUUUGAGUCCAGAGAACUCCGAAUUGUAUCGGAGUACACUAGAAGAUACCUCGAUGUGGAUUUAAGGACUGGUAACCUUUUAGUCGCCGACAGAAUAGACAGAGAGGAGCUUUGCAACGAGCUGGAGAAAUGUUCGCUUAAAAUCCAGGCUUUGUUGAGCAAUCCAGUUAACAUGCAUCGCAUUGAAAUUCAUAUCCUAGAUGUAAAUGAUAAUGCACCCGCUUUCGAGGAGGAAACGUUUGUUUUCAACAUCUCUGAGUCGAUAUCAUUGGGAGAGCGAUAUUUACUUCCAAUAGCAUUCGAUGCAGACAUAGGGAGUUACGCGGUUAAGGACUACAAGCUAAGCCAGAAUGAACAUUUCGCCCUCGACGUACAGAGUAGCGAAGAGCAAAGCGUGUCCGCUGAGCUGGUGUUGCAGAAAUCUUUAGAUCGGGAGAAACAGUCGGUUAUCAAACUCACUUUAAACGCAAUAGACGGAGGAAAACCUAUUAAAACGGGGACAAUGCAACUAGUAAUUAAUGUGAUAGAUGUGAACGAUAACACGCCCACGUUUAGUAAAUCGUUGUAUAAGGCGAGGGUGUAUGAAAAUGCUUCAAAUGGAACGAGGGUUAUACAACUAAAUGCGUCAGAUCUGGACGGAGGAUUCAACGGUGAGCUCCUGUAUUCUUUCAUUAAACGGGGUAGUGUAGAUCCUUCCACUGUAUUUGAUAUCAAUGCAAGUACAGGAGAAAUCAAAGUUAACGGUAUCUUGGAUUUCGAAAAGAUCGCUGCAUACGAUAUCAGAGUUCAGGUUAAAGAUCAAGGAUAUAUGUCUCGUAGUGCUCAUAGUAAACUACUUAUAGAAUUAAUGGAUGUUAAUGACAAUGCACCGGAGAUAUCGAUCACUUCCCUUAGGAACCCGGUGAAAGAGAGCGCGGAAAGGGGAACCGUGAUUGCUCUGAUAACUGUAAGCGAUAAGGACAGUGGGGUGAAUGGCCUCACCACCUGCACGCUAGCGGGUGUUCUUCCCUUUAAGCUGGAAACAAACUAUAAAAGCGACUAUUCUUUAGUGGUAGACGGGUCUCUGGACAGAGAGACGGAUACACAGUAUAACGUCACCAUCUCGUCCAGCGAUGGCGGGGAUCCGCCUCUCUCCACCAGAAGUUAUUUGAUGGUUUAUGUUUCUGAUGUCAAUGACAACGCGCCGCACUUCGCCGAUCCCGUUUUGAACGUGUAUGUGAAGGAGAAUAGUGACGUAGGUACUGUCGUCUAUAGAGUAAAUGCUAUGGAUUUGGAUUCUGAGGAUAACGCCAGAAUAACCUAUUCGUUAAUAAGCAGUCUCUCUCCAAACAUUCCAGCGUUAUCAGCUGUGAAUAUAAACUCCGAGACUGGUGAUAUUGUCACAUUGCAGUCUUUUAAUUAUGAAGACAUAAAUAUGUUCAGCUUCAAAGCGCAGGCCACAGACUCUGGAGACCCUCAACUCAGUAGCAACGUUACUGUCAACUUCUUUAUCCUGGAUGAGAAUGACAACAGUCCCGGGAUUCUACCCCCCUAUUCUGAACAUGGCUCCGUUAACAGUGAGAACAUUCCCUACUCUGCUGAAGCGGGAUACUUUGUGGCUAAAAUCAGGGCCGUAGAUGCAGACUCUGGUUACAAUGCACUGCUUUCUUAUCACAUCUCUGAACCCAAAGGAACCAAUCUCUUUCGGAUCGGAACCAGCACCGGUGAAAUCAGGACUAAGAGACGGAUGAGUGACAAUGACCUGAAAACUCACCCGUUGGUGGUGUUGGUUUGCGAUAACGGAGAGCCCUCCCUGACAGCUACUGUGUCUAUUGAUGUCGUUGUGGUUGAAAACACAGGAGACCUUCAGACUCAGUUCAGACACGUGCCGCUAAAGGAGGACAGCUUCUCUGCUUUAAACCUGUAUUUGCUGGUCGCCAUUGCCUCGGUGUCAGUGAUCUUUCUACUGAGUCUCAUCAGUUUAAUAGCAGUCAAAUGCCACCGGACAGACAACAGUUUCAGCAGGUACAGCGCCCCAAUGAUCACCACCCACCCUGACGGGAGCUGGUCUUACUCUAAAUCUACUCAGCAGUAUGACGUGUGUUUCAGCUCAGACACAUUGAAGAGUGACGUAGUAGUGUUCCCUCCUCAAUUCCCGCCUGUUGAUGGAGAACUGAUCAGUAUAAACGGAGGAGACACUUUAAGCAGAACUCAGACUUUGCCCAAUCACGAGAAGGUAAGAAUCAGACACAUCUUACUAUAAUUCACAACUGUUGCACCUUUAAAAUAUUGCCUUUCUCCCUUGAGUUUCAUCUGACAAAAACGUAUCCGCAAUUGAGCACAGGCAGUAACAGAGUUUCUAGUCCCUAUUCUCAACUAUCCCUCAUCAAUGAUGACGAUGAAAGCCGUCAACAUGACAUUGAAAAUGUAUUUGUUUUUUUAUUUGAAGCUUCCUACUUUUAAUCUAUUUGUUAAUUAACGUCAUGCUUUGAAGGCAUAUUCCUCUUGACACACAAAUGACAUUGAAAAGACCGAAAUAAUUUUACUGAAUGUGUUAAACUGGCUAUAAUUAUGUCAUUUAUCUCAGCGUUGUUUAUGUUUGAGGAGGUGUUGACUGACAAUGCUGCGCUGUAUGUGGUAAUGAACGCAACAUAUAUUUAAGUUCUGAGAAAAUGAAGAGAAUACUUUCCGCAAAACACUAAAAUAUUAGCCAAUUAUACUAAGAAGUCCAAGUUAUUGCAAAAACUGAAUG